CAUGCCGGGGAUGGACACACAGGAUAACAUGCCGGGGAUGGACACAUAGGAUAACAUGCCGGGGAUGGACACACAUAGGAUAACAUGCCGGGGAUGGACACAUAGGAUAACAUGCUGGGGAUGGACACAUAGGAUAACAUGCUGGGGAUGGACACGUAGGAUAACAUGCCGGGGAUGGACACAUAGGAUAACAUGCCGGGGAUGGACACAUAGGAUAACAUGCUGGGGAUGGACACAGAGGAUAACACGCGGGGGAUGGACACAUAGGAUAACAUGCCGGGGAUGGACACAUAGGAUAACA